AUGGUAUGUGGGUGGUGUCUGGACAUUAAGUUAUCACCAAUCUUUAAACUUUUUCAUCAAAUGCGGAAUUCUUCAUUUUAUAUUACCAAAUUGAUCGUUUAUGAGUGCUUACCUCACAGUCCAUUCAGACGAUGCAAUUUUUCUAGUGAUUCCGGGGAUUCACAAUGUUUAACAAAGCCUCGAUAUAAAUGGGCUGUAUAUGGCAAAAGUGCAACUGAUAAUGAUCCACAUAAAACUUCCAUAAUUUUAUUCCCAGGACAAGGAUCUCAUUUUGUCGGAAUGGGCAAAAAUCUUGUAAAGUUACCGAAGAUAAGGCAAAUGUUUCAAUGUGCCAAUGAAAUAUUAAGAACAGAUAUUCUUCGUAUUUGCCUUGAGGGUCCUGCUUCAAAACUAUCAAAAACCAUUCACUGUCAACCAGCUACUUUUAUAAUUUCUUUAGCAGCCCUUGUAAAGCUUCGAGAGGAAAAUGACGAGUUAAUUAGAAAUUGCGUGGUUACAGCAGGGUUUAGUCUCGGCGAGAUCAGUGCUUUAGUGUUUUCGGGUGCCCUGACGUAUGAAGAAGGUCUGCAUAUCAUUCGUGUCCGAGCAGAAGCCAUGCAAAAAGCUUGUGAUGAAAAAGCUGGAGCAAUGGUUACUGUUUUCCUCAAUCCUGGAUCCCCAUUAAAACUUUGUAUAGCAGCAGCUAUCAAUCAUUGCGAGGUUCGCCAUAAAAUCCAGAACCCUUGUUGUAAAGUUGCUAACUAUUUAUAUCCAGAUUGCAAAGUUAUCGCUGGAAAUAAAGAGGCAAUCGACUUUAUUGAAGAUCAUGCUGGUCAAUUUGGAAUACGUCGAACUAAACGAUUACCAGUUGAUGGGGCUUUUCAUACUCCUUUGAUGUUCUCUGCCCGGAAAGUUAUUGCUAAUUCACUAGAUAGGAUGGGGAAUUUCCGGAGACCUUCGAUACCUGUUAUUAGUGCCGUAGAUGUGUUACCGUAUAGAGGUACAAUGAAUAUUAAACGAAAACUUGCUAUGCAGGUUAUCCGUCCUGUAAGAUGGGAGCAAACGAUGUAUGCACUAUAUGAUCGCCCAACAGAUGUCCCUUUUCCUCGUACAAUUGAAGCCGGUCCUGGCCGACAACUUGGUGCGAUGCUGAGGAUGGUCAGCCGUGGAGCAUUUGAUGGUUACAGCUCUAUAGACGUGUAG